GUAACACUCGCACUGCAAGUGCAAAGUGGCACUUGGCUCAAAUUUGAACUUUGGAAUCAUUCUUUACUUUGAUAAUAAUUAUUGAUAUCAUUAACAUAAAAAAGUACUACUUACGGUAAAUUUAUUUUGUUUGCUAAUAAAUAAAUAAACAAAAAAUACGCAAUGAUACAAUUUGGAAUAAUAAGUAGAAAAUUUUCAAGUUCCUCCGCAGUCCAAAAUGCCAUAAAGAAUGUAACUAUUAUCGGAGGUGGUCUUAUGGGAUCUGGCAUAGCACAGGUGACUGCUCAGGCCGGACAAGAUGUAACAUUAGUAGAUGUGAAUUCUGAUGUUCUUGCAAAAUCACAGAAAUCCAUCAGCAACAGCUUGAAUAAAAUUUCUAAGAAGAUUUACAAAGACAACCCUCAGGAGGCUGAAAAAUUUGCAAAAGAGGCUUUUGCUCGCAUAAAGACAUCUACAGAUCCAGUUAGUGCUGUAAAAGAGACUGAUUUAGUUAUUGAAGCCAUUGUUGAAAAUCUUGAAGUCAAACAUUCUCUCUUCGAAAAACUUGAUAAUGCAGCACCUGCCCACACAAUAUUUGCUUCAAACACAUCAUCACUGUCUAUUAAUGAAAUUGCAUCUGUUGUUAAGAGGAAAGAUAAGUUUGGUGGUCUUCACUUUUUUAAUCCUGUUCCCAUAAUGCGUCUUUUAGAAGUAGUGCGUGGUAUGGACACAACAGAUAUCACCUUUAAUACUAUGAUGGAUUGGGGCAAGUCUGUUGGCAAGACUUGUGUGUCAUGUAAGGAUACACCCGGCUUUAUUGUGAAUAGACUGCUAGUUCCCUACAUUGCCGAGGCCAUAAGGUUGUUAGAAAGAGGUGAUGCUUCUGCACAAGACAUUGACAUAGCAAUGAAACUGGGUGCAGCAUACCCAAUGGGCCCCAUAGAAUUAGCAGACUAUGUUGGACUUGAUACAACCAAGUUCAUUCUUGAUGGGUGGGCCAAGAAAUACCCUGAUCAACCACUAUUCCGUCCAAUUCCCACCCUUAAUAAAUUAGUUGCUGAAGGAAAGCUUGGUGUCAAGAGUGGUGAAGGAUUCUACAAGUAUGAAAAAAAGUAAACUUGUCAUUGAAUUGUUAUAUAAAAAUUUUAUAUUGUUUCAGCAUGUGUUUCUAUAAGAUAUUUUUAUUUACAGUAUUUGUUUAUAGUUCUUUUAUAACCUAUAAGUCUACAUUAAACAUUAAGUUUUAAAAGAUAAGAAAUAUAUUUUUGUACUGUAUUGA